AUGUGCACUUCACACCACAUGGAAUUAGGUGAGCUCAUAUUUGUGGCAUACGUGUUAACUUACCAAACAAGACAUGACAUCGAUGCGAGUGUUGGGCGUUGCCUUGUUUGUGGAAUGGUGUUUGUUCCCCACUGUGACACCGGACUGCGGGUCGCCCUCUCCUAGCGCCGUCCCCAACCUGCUCCCUGUGGACACGAGACCACCCACCCUCGUCAGGACGAUCAAGAACGCCAAGUUGUUCACAGUGGGGACCGGGGAGGACUCCUACUACAUACUCCAUCUGUACGGGACGCCGUAUGAGAUGGGCUUUGCCCAGGGCAGCAUCGUUAAGGACGAGGCGACAUCCAUGAUACAGCAGGUGUGGCAGUACAUGCAGGACCAGAUAGUCGGAGGAAUAACGAAGAAACUGAAAUUUCUUGACUGGUUCUUGGACGAAGUUGCAACUUUUGGACUGGACGCUGCCCUUGACCUGGAGUUAUUGGCGACGAAGAAGUACACAUCACAGGCGUUUUUUGACGAGGUCAGGGGACUGGCGGAUGCCACUGGACAAGACUACAAGACAAUUUUGUACAUCCAUUUAAUAGGUGAGCUAACAAAAGGAUCGUGUUCUAUGAUUGGCGCCUGGGGUGACAGUCUUGCCAGGAAUGGAUCGCUCCUGCAGCUGCGCGCCCUAGACUGGGCAGUGGAUGGUCCCUUCAAGGACUUCCCACAGGUGACCGUGUACCACCCUGUCAACACGACAUACGGGCAACCCUGGGCCAACUUCGGAUGGACGGGAUGGAUUGGUUCUAUCACAGGAAUGAACUCGGUGAAGAUGGCUAUUUCCGAGAUCGGGGUAUCAUUUCCUGACGCCAGCUUCGGCAAGGAGUCGAGAUUCGGCAUCCCGUUCACUAACAUCUUGCGAGACAUCCUUCAGUACGACACCACCCUGGAUGCAGCCGUGCAGAGAAUCACUAACUCUAAGCGGACCUGUGACCUUCUGCUCGGGGUCGGAGACGGCAAGAGCCAGACAUUCCGUGGGGUUGAGUACUCUGCCUCUACAGCCAACUUUUACGACGACGCGACGUUGCAGCCCCUUGCGGUGUGGCAUCCUAGGAUCAAGGACGUCGUAUACUGGGGGAUGGACUGGGAAUGCCCUGGCUACAGUCAGGUCCUGGCCACACAGAUACAGCGGAACUACGGCCACCUCGACGCCAGCCUCGUCAUGAGAGAUGUCGUCAGCAUUGUCCAGACUGGCAACAUGCAAGUGGCUGUAUACGACCUCACCGAGAACAUCGCCUACCUGGCCAACGCCCGAGGGUCCUUUGAGAGCGGACCAGAAUACGCCUAUGAGAGGCAGUUUGUGAGAAUGAACAUGACCCAGAUAUUUGCAGAGCCAAUGCCAAGCCUUAUACCUCAUACACAUUGUAUAUUCUGUCCAAAAUAAACAAAUAUAUCGCGAA